AUGAAUCGAACUCUGGCCGAAACAAUCAGCGUUUCGGCCAAUGAGCUGCCAUUUUUGGAUGGCAAAUGUUUGGUACGAGUCCGAUUUGAUAACAAAGAGCAAGAUCUGGAUGCCAGUGAACUUAUUGAACUUGUAAGUCAUUUUUUAUGUUGUUUUUUCUUGGUUUAGGGCUGAGAAAGGAAGAACUAUGGAAUAGGUAUCUAAAAUAAUAUACUUUUGAAUAGUUAAAACGGUUGAUGGGUUCUGUUCGGUUAAAAUGAGAUAAAAAAAGAAUUUUUAUAUUUUUGAGUAACUAAUAAUUUGUGUUUGAGAAGGUUAAGUAUUAUAUUUUAGGCGAAAUCGUCUCAAGAAUUCGCACUACACCUUCUACCUCAAUAUUCUAAUCAACCUCAAUUAUCAGAUGAAAAUGCGCUUUCUUUUCACUUUUUACAAAAUAAGUAAGUUACUUUACAUGGUUUUUUAAUUUUUAGAAGUAAUUUCUAAGCGUCUGCAUUAAUAUCUGCUCGAUUUUUCUGUUGUGCAAGGAUAACAUACCCAAUUUUAGUGAUCUCAUCUCUCCGAAAUCUCAAAAACUGUCGAAAUCUACAAAGUCAUGUCAUUUUGAGUCAGUAAAUAGUGAUCUACAUCAUUCCGCUGUGAAUUUAUGUGAUAAAGACGUGUCAGGGAUUCUGCGCGACGAUCAUGGGAACGUCUACUUCUUUGGUUAUGAUGAACAUGGGUUUUUUGUUCAACCACAAAGUUUUUCGAGUUGUGGUGAGUUUAAAUUAAAUUUUUAUGAAAAUUUAGAGUUUUGUGAAGAGUUUUUUUUUGUAAAAUACGACGUCAGGCGUGGCUCUUUUUAAAUAAAAAACUAAUUUUAUCUUUAAAACCCAUAAAUUUCAGAUAAAAUCUUCCAAACUCGUCAAAAACGAGCAGCCAAGAAAGCGCCAAGCAUACCACGGUAUUAUGCUGAUUAUUUGGAUGGUAUACGACGUUAUGUUGAGCUAGUAUUCAUUGCGGACAAGUCGGUAUACGAUAAGUAUGGCAAUGACGAGGAGAAAGUUCAUCAUCGGAUGGAAUCUAUAGCUAAUGUGGUCAACUCGGUAUGUUAACUUUGAUUUUGAUUUUUUGAAGUUUAGGUAAUCAAUAUCUCAUCACUGUACUGUCAUUUAUCUUUAAAAAUUUAUAUUUUAUAUUAUAUUGAUUUAUGUUAUAUUAUGACUGUACGAGUGAAUUUUUGAAAGUAAAAUAAAUAAAUAAAAAAAUAUCUUGAUUUUGAAGGUUGUUUAAGAUCCACAAAAGCUUGGAAAUUCGAUUAUAUAAAUCAGAAAGGGUAGAUAUUGUUUUAAAUCGUUCAAAAAUAAAUUUUUAUGAUGUUAUAGACAUCAAAUUUUAGAUGUACGCUCCGAUUAAUAUCCGAAUCACACUGGUAUAUGCUGAUAUAUGGAAGGAUGCUGAUGUGUUUCCAAUUACAGAGAAUUCAGAUGAUGCGUUGAACAAGUUUUUGGUAUUCAGAAAGGGAUUGAUCUUCGACCAUCCUCAUGAUAAUGCUCAUUUGUUAACGUAAGGAAUUUUGAUAACUUUUUUGGUUUUUAGGGUAAAAUACGAUUUUGCAUUAUGCUUUAUAUGAUAAUUUUUUUUAAAAGUUAACAUUUGCUUUAGUCAAAUGAGAUUCAACAACAAUGUGAUUGGCAAAGCCUACAGAGGCACAAUGUGUUCUUAUGACUUUAGUGGCGGAGUUAUUUUUGUAAGUUGUAUAGUAAAAUACGCAAACUUCUUUUGAUUUUUGUAUAGUAAAAUGCCAUUUAUAAUACAAUAAUCUGAAGAAACUAACAUUAAUUUACUUUCAGAACGACGACAGAGUGACAUUCGUGGCAUCGACGGUGGCUCACGAGAUGGGUCACAAUUUCGGAAUGGAACAUGAUCUAGGGUAUCCGGAUCCGUGUAAAUGCGAAUCAGAUAUGUGUAUUAUGUCACCGAGUAGCGGGGGGUAAGGCCUUACAAUAUUUGAAAAGUUAUUUUUGGAGUUAUGCCUAAAAGUUUUGCCUAAAGUUUAUAUUAUGGUUGGUUUAGGGGGUGAUUUUGACAUUUUGGUCAUAACUUGUUUUAACAAGCUUUAUUAAGACGUAGUGGUACGUAACAUUGAAAGGAGCAUAUAAAACUUAUGUUUAAAAGCUUGUAUCGUUAAGAUAGCUAGUUUUUUAGUUACUGUUUAAAAAGUAUGUUAUAGUAGGUAUUAGGCGCUGGUUUUGAUAUUUUUGUUAGAACUCUUUCUUAUGUCAUUUUAUAUUAAAUGUUGUUACUGUAUAAGGUUGAUAAGAGUAUAGUAAACAUGUGUUACAUGUGUUUUCAAUUUUGGGAUGUUGUGACGCUUGGUUUUUGAGUUACGACUAAAAAGGUAUGUUAUAGUAGGCACUUAGGUCAAACUUUUUGGAUUUUUUGCUAUAAAAAGCUUCUGGUGGCUUUAAAUUAAAAUUUUUGACAUGUACAAGAUUGAUUAGAGUAUAUUUAACAAUUUAAACAUUAUUUCAGAUCAGCUGCCGCAACAUACUGGUCGGACUGCUCGCUAGAAAACCUCCAAUCGGCGCUCCGAAGAGGUGUCGACUACUGCCUUCAAAACGUGCCCUCUAAAGCGUUUGGCGGUGCCAAAUGUGGCAAUGGCAUCGUAGAAGAUGGCGAAGAUUGUGAUUGUGGAUCACUGACCGAAUGCCCAAACAAAUGUUGCAUACCUUCGACUUGUAAGCUGGCCGAGAACGCUGAAUGCGCGUCUGGAGAUUGUUGUGAUGUGGACACAUGUAAACCAAAGUCAAUGGCUACGCAAUGUAGAGCAUCGUACAAUUCAUGCGACUUACCAGAGUAUUGUGAUGGCGAAAAUCCGAAAUGCCCUCCGGACUUUUUCGUUCAAAAUGGAUUGCACUGUCCGGAUGCGCCUGAGGUAAGGGGUUUUGAAGGUUUUUAGGUAACAAAAUUGGCAUUUAUUAAUGGUUUAGGUAUAAAAUGGAUUGUUUUUUAAUAUUUUAGGUAUCAAAAAGACAUUUUUUGUAAUUUUAGGUAUUAAAAUUUUCAUUUUCAGGACUACUGCUACGAAGGACAAUGCGGCUCGCGAGACCAACAAUGUCAAUAUAUAUGGGGCGAAACGGGCAAAAACUCGGAAAAAGACUGUUACCGUAUGAAUGUGUACGGUAACGCGAAUGGUAAUUGCGGUUACGACCCGCGAACGGAACGUUACGCACCGUGCGAGCCCGUGAAUAAAGAAUGUGGUCGAUUACAUUGUACUCAGCUCAGUGAAAGGCCAGUAUUUGGGGAUCCGAGUACGGUGUACGUGGGGUACACAUCAGUACGAAGAGGUGACGGUAAAGAUGUAGCGUGCCGAAGCGUGAGAACGACGUAUUCUGGUGGGAAGAGGCAGGAUGACCCUGGAAUGGUGCCGGAUGGGGCUAGGUGUGGGAGAAAUGAGGUGGGUUUUGAAUUUUUAAAUUUUUUUUUGCAAUUCAAAGUUUUUUUGAAAUUUUUGAAUUUUACGAAAUUUUAAAAUGUUUUCGAAAUUUAAAAAUUUUUUUCCAAAUUUCAAAAAUUUGCAGAUAUGUGUAAAACAAAAAUGCUCGAACCUGACCCAAGUAACCGAGAUGGUCUCCAAAUGUGACCCCACCGACUGUCACGGUAAAGGCAUCUGUAACAACGUUGGCAACUGUCAUUGUCUACCUGGAUACGGUGGAACGGCAUGUGACAUUCCCGGCUAUGGUGGAUCAGUGAACUCUGGGCCAGCUUCGGAUAAGGUUUUCAGUCCAGGCAUGGUGUUCUUAUAUGUAUUCAUAUUGGGAUUGAUCGCGUUCAUUGGAGCCACGAUUUGGUGUCGGAGAAAGAAGGGCAUUUGGCUGCAUAAGAAGUAGGUAUUGAGGUUUUAUGGACUAGCCUUAUCUUUGUAUAUUAAUGUAACCAUACCUUUCUAUACUAUAGUAACUAUACAUUUCUAUAUUAUGGUAACCAUACCUUUCUAUACUACAGUAACCAUACCUUUCUAUACUAUAGUAACCAUACCUUUCUAUAUACUAUAGUAACUACUACAACUUAUAGAAUGUGGAAACUGACUAAAAAAGCCUUUGGCAUCGAGGCCGUGCGAGUACCGGUCCGCAAAGCCCCACCACCUCCAGGACAACAGAACCGCCGAUCCCUAUCACCAUGGGAGCAAAUCAAUGCCAUGUGGAACCGACACUCCCACCAAUCACCACGCCCCGAAGUAACAACACCACAAACACGAGAAGUACUAAACGUGGGUGGACCAAUAAUGGCACAAAGUUACAUGCCCACCAAGGAUUAUCAAGGAAACUACGGCAAUAAUGCGUACUAUUCGAGAGGACAUGAAACUGCUACGUUGGGCGUGGUAAAUUUUUUAAAUUUUUUUAGGUUUGGAGGGGUGUUUUACUUUAAAAAUUAAAUUUUGGGGGUGGUUUUUAACGUUAAAAAAUUUUUUUUGAGAGGUGGUAAUUGAAAUGGCAAAAAAUUUCUUUACAAAACAUAAAAUGGCAAAAACUUUCUUUACAAAACAUAAAAUGGCAAGAACUUUCUUUACAAAACAUAAAAUGGCAAAAACUUUCUUUACAAAACAUAAAAUGGCAAGAACUUUCUUUACAGAACAAAAAAAUGAAAAUCCAAUUUAAAAAAUUUUAUUUGUUGUUUUUCAGCCAAACCAAGCGCAACACCCCUACAAUCAACCCUACGAAGUCCCCACACCCGCUUCCUACGAACAACCCCCGCCCGACCCGGACCAACAUAACAGUAUCAUGUACGGAGAUGACUUUGACGAAGUCUUAUCAGCACCACGUCACAUUAUACGUCAGGACAAGUCACUAAACACGACUAAACGACCACCAGUACCACCACCGAAGCUGCCGGAGGCAAGGAAGCUCCAGAACGAUUCAUCGUCAGAAUCCUCGGAUACGACAAGCCCUACCCCUUCAUUCAAGAACAAAUUGGGACAAAAUGGGACUGUUGUUUCGAGCAGAAGUGGUACUAUUGGUACAGGGGUUGGUGUAAUGAGAAAAGAAAGCACAUUGAAUCGACCGGCUGUAGCUCCGCCUCCACCGCCUCAUAAACCGAAAAAUGUAAGGAUUGUUACCUAAAAUAGUAGAAAUGGAUAGAAUGUUACCUAAAGUAAUAGAAAUGGGAAGUUUGUUACCUAAAAUCAUUGAAAUCUAGAAAAAAAUGAAUUGUAGUCUUUUGGGAAUUUUUUUUUCAAUUUUUAACCUACCAUAACAUAGCCAUUAGCCUAAAUAUAAACGCCAAAUUUGAUAGAAUAUCACCAAAGACUAUAUUACAGCUUCCACCAGCUCAAGAACCCAAGAAAUUUAAGCCCCCGCCUCCAGUGAAGCCUCCAGUAUCAUCAACACCAUCAGCCACGAAUGACGAAUAUCAGCCGAGAAAAAUCAAUGUCAAAGCUCUAGCGGCCCAACUUGAUUCGAAGCUAUCAAACGUUUAG